AUGGUUUACGGCCAUCUGGGGGACGCCGAAACAUUGAGAGUCAUUGAGCCAAAACAUAUCGAACUGGAAAACAAAAUCAGAGGGAAGACUUUGUUCCGCGACAAGUUCGAGUUCCGUUACUGGGUCGACAACUUUUCGGAGAUUGUCGCAAUCAAAGGCGGAAAAAAGAACACCGAGGACGUUGCUGCGCCAUGGGCGAACUUGGAUCACGCGGACCGAGAACUCUAUGAGAAACUCUCGGUGGAGGGUCAGAAAGGCUUUCGUCCUGUUUGGGAGAGUCUGCCGAAGGCUGAGAAGUCAGAUCACUGGCCACACUUGUCCUUAUAUCUGCUGCACACCGCGCCCGAUUUAGCCUGGGAGUUUCUAUAUGUUACUUGCCAGAGUGAGGAUCGGCCGGUGCUCAAAAAGGUAUUCAAAUAUCUCGACUUCCUCUCCAAGCACUAUUCCUCAAAAAUAAGGAAUCAGCCGCUCCGCGGUAUCUCGUUCGACGAUAUGGUCAAAGUCUGCUUGGAUCCCGAGUUCUGGCCCGUCGUUUACGGGCCUCAGAGAGCCAUGCGACUCUAUAUUUGUCGAGCGACAGAGGAAGAACUACGACGUGCUUAUGCCCUCGUCCUCGAACGCGAAACCAAUGUGAAACCCGGGACCUGGCUCUGUUUCUUGAAUCGGUUCCUGCACUAUGGCGAUAGCGAAACUGCGCUGGAGGCACUCUCACGGCUGCCAGAAAGGGACCUCCAGGGGCGUACCGAGCAUGAGGAGGGAGUUCGGUUCCACUGCGCCAAGCUCCUGAAGCAGGACUUUGUGCGUGACGAGGCAGAUGGGCGUAACUUCGUCAUUCUUCCGAGGCUCCUUAAGAUGGGGAUACGGCCUUCUAUGGAGAUGAUGAACAUCGUUCUCCAUAACGCUUUCAAGACGGGCGACUCACAAUUGGGGCAUGACGUGUUCAAGUAUAUGAAAACCCAAAACAUGUCGGACGAGUACACCUACAUAACCCUCCUUCGGGAUGCCGUGGCCCGUCGGGACAGCGACCGCGUGCGAGAGCUGAGUGAUGAGAUACAGCUCCGUCCUGACCUGUCCCAAAGCCCGUAUAUCACCAGUAAACUCAUGCAUGCUCAUUACAUUUUCAUAGUGAAGCCCUCGGUGAAGAAUCCCGACGCCGUCCCCAGCGUGGUGUUUCAUUCCCUGCUGGACAUGUAUAACAGACUUUUCGACCUGCAGCCGCUAAGAGAUCUCGCCAUUCUCCCACCGCAAUAUGUGCCGGCGGUGCCGGGCGCAAACAAUCCUCCUCCGGCUGUCGCCCUGUUUCUUAUAGUGUCGGCUUACAUUCGGUGUCAGACAAAAAUAUCUAUUGUGCACCGCGUGCAAACCAAAUUCAGGUCCCUCGUCUGGGAGGGACACCCUACCAUCGCUCCGAUGGGGGCCACAGAUCAUAUCUACAACGAAUUCCUGGCCUUUUUCCGACGCCACCCACUUGGGCUGCGACCAGCCGUGCGACUAGUGGAGGACAUGCAGCAAACAUGGGAGGAAUUCGAAAGGCGCCCACGCGACGGCGCCCCUGACAAGUCGGCCAUUACCCCUGCCAAGCCAACCAUCUGGACCUGGAACAUUCUGCUCUCUACAUUUGUCUUCAAGAGACAGCCCUAUGCCGUGGAAAGAGUGCUGAAAAUGAUGGCCAAGUACGGCGUUCAGUUCGACUCGGUUACGUGGAACACUCUCCUCGGCAACCAUGUCGCAAAGCAGGACAUCAAAGCGGCUGCUCGAAUCAUGAAAUCCAUGGAGGAGGACGGCGUUGCAUUCGAUCGGCAUACCAUGAAAACCGUUGGUUACUUCCGGGAUCCCGAGAGACUAUGGAGGGCUGUCAGGGCGCUGGAUAAAGAACCCGAACUCGCUGUCGAUCAGGUCAGCCUCGACUGGCAGGACUCCCCGACGGCAAAGGCCAAGGUGCUGCAUGACGAGGCAGACGAGGACGAGGACGAGGACGACAAGUUACUUGAGAAAGGCCUGCAACGUCUGAUUAAAAAAGCCUGA